AUGAGCAAGCAUAGACUUGGACUACACCAUUGGUUGUGCUUCUCCUAUCUCUCUAGAACAACAAAGAGACGUUUUACUGCUUGCCAUGUACCUAGUGAAGCAAUAUCAUGUGAUGUUCCCACAUCCUCCCCAAUUAAUAAUCACAAGACCUUGUGUUUUUCACUUGUAGAGCAGUUAAUACUUCGCGGGUUAUUCGGUUUAGCUCAGAAAGUGAUUCAGAGAAUCAUCAAGCAAUCCUCAUCAGUCUCUGAAGCUAUCUCAGCCGUUGAAUUCUCCAUUUCUCGCGGUAUCGAGCCUGAUGCAACUAGCUAUAGUUUUCUCAUUCGACAACUCGUGGCAUCUGGUGAAACCCAAAUGGCUGAAGAUAUUUAUGUAUAUUGCAUUUUGAAGAGAGGUAUUGAACCGAAAGACCAGUCUUUAUUGAAUUCAAUGGCCAUUUGUUAUUGUAAUUUGGGUAAAUUAGAGGAAGCAAAAUUGCUUUUUGAUAAACUAUUGGAUAUGAAAUUGAGGCCUUGUAGUAGCACGUGUAAUGCGCUUAUUAAGGGAUUUUGUGGCCAACAUAGCAUCUUGGAUGGGUUUGAUGUUUUUGUAGUGGCUGUUGAUGCAGGAGUAUCACUAAGUUUCAGUUGUUACAAUAGGUUAGUGGAUGGCUUGUGCCAUCGGGGGUUCUUAGAUGAGGCACUCUAUGUGUUUGAUGUAAUGUGUGAGAGAGGGGUGACACCCAAUGUUCAUUUGUUUAAGACAUUGGUUCUUUCGUUGUGUAAGAGGGGUCGAGUCGAGGAAGCUGAGUUGUUGAGCAUGGAUAUGGAGUCUUAUGGUUUUGUUCUGGAUAAAAUCAUGUACACAACUCUUAUUAACGGGUAUUCGAAGAACAAGAAAAUGAAAAUGGCUAUGAGGGUGUUUCUUAGAAUGCUUAAGUUGGGAUGUGCACCGGAUAAGUAUACUUACAACACGCUGAUGCACGGGUUUUUUAACUUGGGCAUGUUGGACAAGGGUUGGGUGCUUCAUCAGCAGAUGGCUGAAUUUGGAUUAGAACCUGAUGCAGUAAGUUACCAAAUCAUGAUUGGCAAGUAUUGCAAGGAUCAUAAAGUUGAUUGUGCGUUGAUGCUGUUAAAUAACAUGAUUCAGUGCAACGUUGCUCCCAGUGUGCACUCUUAUACUGCUUUAAUUGCUGCGCUUUAUAAAGAGAAUCGGUUAGCAGAAGUAGAUGUCUUGUACAAUAAGAUGUUGGAUAAUGGAUUGGUUCCUGACCAUGUUUUGUUUUUUACCUUGGUCAACAAUCAUCCAAGAGGGUCAGAGAUUACUCUAGCAUGCACAUUUUUGCGGGCAAUUGCCAAAAAUGGUUGUGGUAUUGACCUUUCUAACAUCCCUAGCACUAUCAGUCAAAAAGUUACUACAGAUAUCAUGUCUGAUAUUGAUCAUCUCUUGGGAGAAAUUGUG